UCCCACAAUCAAUACCAACAGCAGCAACAGCAACAACAAUAACACUAGUCGUGCACCGGUGUACCCGUACCCGCCGUCAGCGAUGCCUGUCUAUGGCUACCCGCCGUACCAGUAUUAUGCGGGGCCGUACCCCGCGUACCCGGGCUACGCCAGUCCAGUCUACGCAAGCUACCCGCUGCCAGGCUACAUGCACCCGUACGGGCAGAUUCCGCUGCCGACCGACGACAGCAACAACCAAGGGCCGCCACCGAUGAUGUAGUCUAUAGCCGGCGCAGCGACGUCGCGAUCGAAGCGACCUCGCAGUCCAAGUCGUUGUUCAAUCUUAUACAUAGCUUUGUGUCG